UGCACACAGCACGUAUCUUAUUUUGAAGUAAAAAAACAAAACGGAAACAAAUACAAUAUUUGUAUUUGCAUGUGGCCCGCAGGCCGUAGUUUGAGGACCCCUGGUCUAAAGCAUGUCACUCCUUUUGUAACAUUUACCACAACUUGAAAUUACUUCAUUUAUACCUUUACUUAUAUUUUGCCUGUCUCCCGAUGAAGCAGGCCUCCAAGUGCAUGCAGGCAGAGACCUGCUGGUCUUGCUCUCUGCCGAGUCACUGGCAUAUCACAGACAGCCUUGUAUAUAUGUAAGUGCUGAAUAAAUGCUUGUAGGUGAAGGAAAGUGUGCUCCCUGUGGGGGAUGUGAGGAGGAGUGAGGAACAGGCCCUGCCCUCAAGGGCAAUGAGUAGCCUGGGGGAUACAGACACACACAGGCCAUGCCCCAGUGCAGGACCUGCAUGUUCUAAUAGGUGUACAGUAAGGGCUCACCACUGUCGGCUCUGGCCAUAAGUAACCACAGGGUGCUAUCAGCUCCCUAGACUUCACCCCAACUUAGGCUGGACAGUUACAGAAGGCACCCGCCCAGGGCAGGCUUCAUGGGACCAGUGAGUCACAUGAGGUCCCACAUUCAGAAGGGCCCUGUGCUUGGGGUUUAAUGCUUUGCUAUAGUUGUCUUGAAAUUCUUAAUAGUUUUAUCUUUGAAUUUGCAUUUUGUAACCUGAUGCAACAAUGGAACAUAUCCUGGGUACCUGGAACCUGGCUUCUGUAGGAUCCCACCUCCCAUAGCCUUCCUGCUCUCCAAGGCCCACUCUUCCUCUCCCAUCCCAUGUAGCUUCCUUCCUGUUCCCACCCAGUCACUGCUGCCACCUUCUGGCCCACACAGGUCCUGGGCGUGGGCCUGGGCCUGGGCGUGGGCCUGGGCCUGGCGUGGGCCUGGGCCUGGGCUUGGGCAAGGUCAGGUGUGGGCAUCCCACAGUGUCUCAUUGCAGGGCAUGAGGCAGCCGUCCCCACUCAGGGCUGACAGCAUCAUGGUGCAAUUUGGCAAGUGACUGGGGUGCCUUGAUAGGAGGAGUCUCUUGCCCAUCUCCCCUGGCAUCAAGGUAUCUGGCAUGUCGAUGCACAGAGUUUGUAAUCUCCUGUGGGUUGGGUUGGGAAGGAGAAAUGUCUGGCUAAAUUUGUGUUCCUGGCUGGGAUGUGGUGCAUUCGUCUGGUGGCUGGAGGGAAAGGAAAGCCAAUAGCCAGUGGCCACAGACACACACAUUCUCAUGCACACUGAAUUUGGGGGCUCCUGGGUGACUGUGAGAGUCUGCAUCCACUCUGUGAAUAUCCCUGUUCCCAGGGGAGUGCAACAUUAAAUAGCAACAAAAAGUACCAGGCCAGGCGGGCAAGAGGGUCGGUGGGGAAGUUGGCGUCUCUCUCCCCCACGCCAGCUCCAGUACACAGAGCUGCAUUCCUUGGCCCUCCUACCCCCUCCCUUGCCCGCCCCCGGCCCCCUCGGGAAAAAAAUCCAUCCCAGAUCACUCGAACCCUAGGGAGGUUUCCUCGCACCCUCAGGGCGACUAGCUUUCAACGAUUCCCUCUUCUCCGUCUCCCCCAAACCCCCUCUCCCAACUCCUUCUCCAGGCACCGAGUGUAGGUCCCUUUAAGGAAAGGGCGCCUGCUCUGGGUCAGACCACCUUCCUCUCCCCUGCUCCCACCCCCUUCUCCCAGCGCGGAGUGCAGGUCCCUUUAAGGCUUCCAGCGGUUCUCAACCUGUGGGUCGCGAACAAUGAAAAUACAUCCUGCAUAUCAGAUAUUUACAUUACGAUUCAUAACAGUAGCAAAAUUACAGUUAUAAAGUAGCAACAAAAAUAAUUUUAUGGUUGGGGGUCACCACAACAUGAGGAACUGUAUUAAAGGGUCCCGGCAUUAGGAAGGUUGAGAACCACUGCAAGUUAAGCCUUGGCAACAGCGCCUUCUCCGAGUGAGACCACCGUCACUUCCUCUGCUCCCACCCCCUUCUCCCGGGGCGAGCGCAGGUCCCUUUAAGGCGACAGCGCCUUCUCGGGGGUCAGACCACCGCCCCGCCCCUGCUCCCACCCGCUUCUCCCGGCUCGGAGUGCAGGUCCCUUUAAGGCGAAGGCGCCUUCUCCGAGUCAGACCACCUUCCUCUCCCCUGCUCCCACCCCCUUCUCCCGGCGCAGAGUGCAGGUCCCUUUAAGGCGAUGGCGCCUUCUCUGGGUCGGACUACCGGCGGCGGCGGGGACGGCGAAGACCGCGGGAGCAUGGCGGACAUCGACCUGUUUCUGGAAUGCGAGGAGGAGGAGCUGGAGCCAAUCGACCAGUUUCUGGAAUGUGAGGAGGAGGAGCUGGAGCCAUGGCAGAAAACCAGUGAUGUCACCGAGGAUUCUGUAGUUGAAGAUGGUAAUUCAGUGGAUACAACCACCACAGCUUCUGUGAGCCAGCAGCCAGUCUCAGCGCCAGUGCCCGUCGCUGCCCAUGCUGCUGUUGCUGGGCAGCUCUCUGCAUCCGCAGCGGCGAAUAGCAGCAGUGGGGCCCAGAACAGCGACGGUACAAAGAGGCCUCUUGUCAGGCUAAUUGCUGAUGACCAUGCGGAAAGAAGCCGGCGUCGGGGACAGACCCUGUCUGAAGAACAACGAUUGGCACAACGUAUCUCCGAAGCAGAAAGAAAGCAACGUCGUCGACAGAACAUGUCUGAGGAACAACUGUUGGCACUGCGCACCGCUGAAGCCGAGAGAAGCCGGCGGCGUCGACAGAACAUCUCCGAAGAACAGCGACUGGCACAACGCAUCUCUGCAGCCGAAAGAAAGCAACGUCGUCGACAGAACAUGUCUGAAGAACAACGACUGGCAGAACGAAUCUCCGAAGCCGUAAGAAAGCAACGUCAGCGACAGAACAUGUCUGCAGAACAGCUAUUGGCACUACGCACCGCUGAAGCCGAGAGAAGCCGGCGGCGUCGACAGAACAUGUCUGAAGAACAGCGACUGGCACAGCGCAUCUCUGCAGCCCAAAGAAAGCAACGUCGUCGACAGAACAUGUCUGAGGAACAACUCUUGGCAGAAAGAAUCUCUGAAGCCGAAAGAAAGCAACGUCGUCGACAGACUAUGUCUGCAGAACAGCUAUUGGCACAACGUACCUGCGAAGCCGAAAGAAGCCGGCGUCGUCGACAGAACAUGUCUGAGGAACAACGAUUGGCAGAGCGUAUCUCUGCAGCCGAAAGAAAGCAACGUCGUCAACAGAACAUGUCUGAAGAACAACGACUGGCACUACGCACCGCUGAAGCCGAAAGAAGCCGGCGUCGCCGACAGAAUAUGUAUGAAGAACAACGAUUGGCACAAUGUACUGAAAUGGGAAUUUCUAGGGGUGAAAAAGACAGGUUUAAGGACAUUUUAGAAAUUUUAGCAAUUAAGGGGACCGUGGAAGAAGCACAGGGCUGGAAAGCUGCAACAGGUGCAUUUCCAUAGAAUGAGGGAG